AUGUCACGGGCGCCUCCCGCGUUGGCGGCUCCGGCCAACUCUACGUUCUCCCACCUCUUCCAGUUCUGCGCCCGCGGCGGCCGCGCUGCCCUCGACGCCGGGCGCGCCGCGCACGCGCGCAUGCUAGUGUCCGGGUUCCUCCCGACAUCCUUCGUCUCGAACUGCCUCCUGCAGAUGUACGCCCGCUGCGCGGACGCCUCGUACGCUCGCAGGGUGUUCGACGCGAUGCCCCACAGGGACACCGUGUCGUGGAACACCAUGCUCACCGCGUAUUCGCACUCCGGGGACAUAGCGACCGCUGUAUCACUGUUCGAUGCAAUGCCGAAUCCGGAUGUCGUGUCAUGGAACACGCUGGUCUCAAGCUAUUGCCAGCAUGGCAUGCAUAGCGAGUCGGUGGCCCUGUUUCUGGAGAUGGCUCGCUCUGGUGUUGCCUCCGACCGGACAACGUUUGCUGUCCUUCUGAAGUCGUGCGGUGCUCUGGAUGACUUGGCACUCGGUGUUCAAAUCCACGCGCUGGCGGUGAAGGCAGGAUUGGAUAUUGAUGUCCGGACUGGGAGUGCUCUCGUGGACAUGUAUGGCAAGUGCAGCAGUUUGGAUAACGCAUUGUUCUUCUUUUAUGGAAUGCCCGAGAGGAACUGGGUCUCGUGGGGCGCAGCCCUUGCUGGGUGCGUUCACAAUGAGCAGUACACUCGUGGGUUGGAGCUGUUCAUGGAGAUGCAGAGGUCAGGGAUGGGGGUGAGCCAGCCGGCUUAUGCCAGUGUCUUUAGAUCUUGCGCAGCAAAAUCAUGUCUGAGCACUGGUAAGCAGUUACACGCACAUGCCAUAAAGCAUAACUUCAAUACUGACCGUAUUGUUGGGACAGCUAUUGUGGAUGUUUAUGCUAAGGCUAAUAGCUUGGUGGAUGCUAAAAGGGCAUUCUUUGGGUUGCCCAGCCAUACAGUACAAACAUGCAAUGCCAUGAUGGUUGGGCUUGUGCGCGCAGGGCUUGCAAAUGAGGCCUUGGAACUGUUUCAGUUCAUGACCAGGUCAGGCAUUGGUUUUGAUGCAGUCAGUUUAUCGGGUGUCUUCAGUGCUUGUGCAGAGAUUAAGGGGUAUUUAAAAGGCCUACAAGUCCACUGCUUAGCAAUGAAAUCAGGUUUUGAGACGGACAUCUGUGUCAGAAAUGCAAUUCUUGAUCUGUAUGGGAAGUGCAAAGCAUUGGUAGAAGCGUACUUUAUCUUCCAGGAUAUGGAGGAACGAGAUUCAAUCUCUUGGAAUGCUAUUGUUGCUGCUCUUGAGCAAAAUGGGCGCUAUGAGGACACCGUAGUUCAUUUUAAUGAGAUGCUGCGCUUUGGUAUGGAACCCGAUGAUUUCACAUAUGGUAGUGUCCUUAAGGCUUGUGCAACUUUACAAUCUUUGGAGUUUGGAUUGAUGGUACAUGACAAGGUUAUCAAGUCAGGACUUGGUUCAGAUGCUUUUGUAGCUAGCACUGUUGUUGACAUGUACUGCAAAUGUGGUAUGAUGACAGAUGCUCAGAAACUCCAUGACAGAAUUGGGAAGCAAGAACUUGUUUCAUGGAAUGCCAUCAUGUCAGGAUUUUCACUGAACAAACAGAGUGAGGAUGCCCAGAAAAUCUUCUCACAGAUGUUAGAUAUUGGACUUAAGCCUGAUCAUUUCACCUAUGCUACAGUUCUUGACACUUGUGCUAACCUAGCUACCAUUGAGAUCGGGAAGCAGAUCCAUGGUCAGAUAAUUAAGCAAGAAAUGCUGGUAGAUGAAUAUAUAUCCAGCACCCUUAUAGACAUGUACGCCAAGUGUGGGUACAUGCAAGACUCACUGCUAAUGUUUGAGAAGGCACAGAAACGGGAUUUUGUGUCAUGGAAUGCUAUGAUAUGCGGCUAUGCGCUGCAUGGUCAAGGAGCAGAAGCACUCAAGAUGUUUGAUAGGAUGCAAAGGGAGGAUGUGAUUCCGAACCAUGCAACUUUCAUUGCUGUGCUCCGGGCUUGCAGCCAUGUUGGUCUGCUGGAUGAUGGAUGUUGUUACUUCCAUCAGAUGACCACCCGCUACAAACUGGAACCACAACUGGAGCACUUUGCUUGCAUGGUAGAUAUACUAGGACGGUCAAAGGGACCACAGGAAGCUCUGAAGCUUAUUGGCACCAUGCCUUUUGAAGCGGAUGCAGUCAUCUGGAAGACUCUCCUAAGCGUUUGCAAGAUCCAUCGGGAUGUUGAGGUGGCUGAACUUGCUGCCGGCAAUGUUCUACUACUGGAUCCUGAGGAUUCUUCAGUUUAUAUUCUUCUGUCAAAUGUAUAUGCAGAAUCAGGGAAAUGGGCUGAUGUUUCUAGGACAAGAAGGUUAAUGAAGCACGGAAGGCUUAAGAAGGAACCUGGCUGUAGCUGGAUUGAGGUGCAAAAUGAGAUGCAUGGAUUCCUUGUAGGAGAUAACGUCCAUCCGAGAUCGAGGGAGCUGUAUGACAUGCUGCAUGAUUUGAUUGAUGAGAUGAAACUGUCUGGAUAUGACCCUGAUUCAUCUUCUUUUGCUGAGGUUGACGAAGAGGGCAGUGCAUCCGAGCAAGAUGAUUUACUUGGAAUGGUUGGUGGCUAG